AUGAGUGUCGCCGUCCAAAUGAUCCGCCCAGCCAUCCGCCAUUUCUCCGUCCGCCGUCCUCGUCCAGACUCGCGCACUUCGCGCUUCGUCACAAGCUCCUGUCUCGUCUCCGCAGUGGUCCUCCCUUUCGUCCCACCAGCUCUAGAGAGCUCUCGCGAAAAGAAGUCCGGCUAUCCCAACCACAACAAAGCGCAUCCCCCGCUUUGCUUCCACGCGCGGUAG